AUGACGGCUCGCGAAGCAAGAACAGUGAUCAUCGUCACCGGCUCGCACACCAUCACCGCAGGAUACGGCAUCCACGAGAUUCUCAAGCGUCCAUCCAUCUCGCUCACUGCGCGUGUCGGUCUUCCAAGAUCGUCUGCAUCCACUUCGUCGGCAUCGUCACCUCCAGACUACACGCAAUACCUCGUCGGAUCUGCUCUCGACCAAGCGGAACGACGAGGCGAUGAUGUCGCCAUCUUUUGGCCUAUGCGGAAGGGCUACGUGCGCGACUGGCAACAGAUGAUCGCGCUAUGGAACUACGUGCUCUUCCACCUGCUUCCCAUCCGCCGCUCUCACAACGACUCGAACAUCCUCAUCAGCUUGCCACUACCCGUAUCUCGAGCCACGCAUGCGUACCUCACCCAGAUCUUCUUCGAGCACUUCAAUUCGGCCGCCAUCACAAUCGCGGAGAAGCCGCUGCUCUCCUGCUACGGCGUCGGCAGCAUGAACGCAUGCGUGGUGGACCUCGGAUACGAGAGCUGCGACGUUUCGCCAGUGAUCGAAUGCUUGGUGCAGUCGAACGCCAACGUCAAGACCGACGUGGGAGCGCGCCACUGCAUCCUCUAUCUCGCCCAUCUGCUGCGUCGCGAUCAGAGCCUGGUCAAGGCAAUCCAGACGCUACUUCGAUACACGCGCAAAGCGUCGGCCUCUUCACGUCAGAGCGACGAGGAAGCGUUGAAGAGUGCCAUCUUUGCACUGGCGCAGCAAUUGGUAGAGGAGGGGUUGGUGCUGGAUGAGGAGUCCUUCAAGAAGGGAGCUGGAGGUAUGAUCUCGGCAGCGGAUGGAGAGGACGACGAGGGUAACUUUGACAUUGCGGCUGUACUUGUCGAAGGUACAAAGAAGCACGACGACGAAGAGGAGGAGAGGCGUAAGGCGAUGGAAGCAAGCCAGGGCGAAGAGAUCGACGAAGCCAUCCUCGCGUCCAUCACGGGCGAAGACGGUCAGGCGGGUGGAUCCACGGAUGACAAGGCCGUGUUGGUGCACUUCCGAGGCCUCAAGCUCAAGGUCGGUCCCGAGCGCUUCCGCUUCCUAGAGCCGCUUUUCCGCCCCGAGCUGCUCAAGGAUGUCGCCGGUGCUUCCGAUCUUGGCCUGGGAGACGAGCCUUUCGGAGCAGGGCCGAUCGCCACAGCCUCGUCAAGCCACGACAGCUAUCCGAUCUCGACGGCAUCACCCGACUGGAGCCAGGCCAUCUCGCUUCCGCUCGCCAUCGCCAACGCCAUCUCGCGCGUGGAAGAUGCGGAUCGUCGACCUCAGCUGUGGGAGAACCUCAUCUUCACAGGUCAACCCGCCAAGAUCAAGACGAUCCAGCUCGAGGCCAUCUCAGCCUUGUCCGAGUACGUGGCCACCGAACAGACCGAAGCGGCGCAGGUGCUGGCCGAACCCAACCCGCUGCAAGCGCGCAAUGUCCGUGCCUUGCGCGUGCCCGACUAUUUCUCCGAGUUCAAGGAGCGCAACGACCUGGCUGCCUUUCUUGGAGGCACCAUCUAUGCCAAGCUCGUGUUUGGUGACCCGCAAGCAAAGGCUUUCAUCACCAAGCAGAACUACAACGAGGCGGGUCCCAACCAGGCCUUCUCGGUCAAGCUCAGUGCUUGA